GGGCGCCAUGGCGGCAGCGGUGGCGACCGUGCAGCGGCCUGAGGCUGAGACAGUCGAGGAGGCCUCAAAUCUUCAGUGGCCGCUACCACCGGAGCAUCGCCCUUCCGGAGCAGCGACCGGACCAGGCGAUGGUGAUGAAGCACCGGUGCGGCCACUGUGCAAGCCACGGGGCAUCUGUUCCCGUGCUUACUUCUUGGUGCUGAUGGUGUUCGUGCACCUGUACUUGGGCAACGUGCUGGCCCUGCUGCUCUUCGUGCACUACAGCAACGGAGACGAGAGCACAGACCCCGGGCCCCAGAGCCGCGAGCAGAGCCCCCAGCCAGUGCCAACCUUGGGUCCCCUCACCCGGCUGGAGGGCAUCAAGGUGGGAUAUGAGCGGAAAGUCCAGGUGGUCGCCGGCAGGGAUCACUUCAUCCGAACCCUCAGCCUCAAACCAUUGCUUUUUGAAAUCCCAGGCUUCCUGAGUGACGAGGAGUGCCGGCUCAUCAUCCACCUGGCACAGAUGAAGGGGUUACAGCGAAGCCAGCUCCUGCCCACUGAGGAGUACGAGGAGGCCAUGGGUGCCAUGCAGGUCAGCCAGAUGGACCUGUUCCAGCUGCUGGAUCAGAACCAUGAUGGCCGCCUGCAGCUCCGAGAGGUCCUGGCCCAGACUCGCCUGGGAAAUGGACGGUGGAUGACUCCAGAGAACAUUCAGGAGAUGUACUCUGCGAUCAAGGCGGACCCUGAUGGUGACGGCGUGCUGAGUCUGCAGGAAUUUUCCAACAUGGACCUUCGAGACUUCCACAAGUACAUGAGGAGCCAUAAAGCGGAGUCCAAUGAGCUGGUGAGGAACAGCCACCACACGUGGCUCCACCAGGGUGAGGGCGCUCACCACGUGAUGCGCGCCAUCCGCCAGAGGGUGCUGCGCCUCACUCGCCUCUCGCCAGAGAUCGUGGAGCUCAGUGAGCCACUCCAGGUGGUCCGAUAUGGUGAGGGAGGUCACUACCAUGCCCAUGUGGACAGUGGACCUGUGUACCCAGAGACCAUCUGCUCCCAUACCAAGCUGGUAGCCAAUGAAUCUGGACCCUUUGAGACCUCCUGUCGCUACAUGACAGUGCUGUUUUAUUUGAACAACGUCACCGGUGGGGGCGAGACCGUCUUCCCCGUGGCAGACAACAGGACCUAUGAUGAAAUGAGUCUGAUUCAGGAUGAUGUUGACCUCCGAGAUACUCGAAGGCACUGUGACAAGGGGAACCUUCGGGUCAAGCCCCAGCAGGGAACUGCAGUCUUUUGGUACAACUACCUUCCUGAUGGGCAAGGGUGGGUAGGUGAAGUGGAUGACUACUCAUUGCACGGGGGCUGCCUGGUCACCAGUGGCACCAAAUGGAUCGCUAACAACUGGAUCAAUGUGGACCCUAGCCGGGCACGGCAAGCCUUGUUCCAGCAGGAGAUGGCUCGUCUGGCUCGGGAAGGUGGCACUGACUCGCAGCCCGAGUGGGCCCUGGACCGGGCCUACAGCGAUGCCCGUGUGGAGCUCUGACGCAAGGCCCUGAGUCACCCGCUGCCCAACGUCAAGGACCCUGCAGGUCCUCUGUCCUACUGCAGACUGAAGUUCCGGCUGACCUCUUGCCUUACCCCUCCCUGCCUGCAGCCGCGAUGAAAGGCGCAGUUCCUACAUUCACGUUAUUUAUUGGUGUACAGCCUCCAUGCUGCUCCGUUAAAUAAAACUACAGGGCUUCCAGCCAGGGGCAGGCGAGCUGAGCGCCCGCUU